CAUACAUUUGCAAUAUGGGUUCUACCGAAGACCGAUCAGAGAUAGUUUUCUUCGACUUGGAAACCACUAUUCCAACCCGAACCGGACAACCAUAUGCCAUUUUGGAAUAUGGGUCGAUACUAGUUUGUCCAAAGAAGCUCACCGAACUUGACAGCUACGAUACGCUGGUUAGACCACUUGAUCUCUCCCUCAUUACAGCUGCUUCGAUACGCUCCAAUGGUAUCACUGCUGACAAAGUCGUUUCCUGCCCAACUUUCUCUGAGAUCGCUGAUAAGGUUUACGACAUCUUGCAUGGAAGGAUAUGGGCUGGUCACAAUAUACUGAGGUUUGAUUGUGUGAGGUUAAGGGAGGCGUAUGCGCAGAUAAACCGACAGCCUCCGAUACCCAAGGGAACCAUCGAUACAUUAGUUUUGUUGACUCAGAGAUUUGGGAGGAGAGCUGGUGACAUGAAGAUGGCUACUCUAGCGGCGUAUUUUGGGCUUGGACAACAAAGUCACCGGAGUUUAGGUGACGUUCGGAUGAAUUUUGAAGUUGUCAAGCUUUGUGCAACAGUUCUUUUCUUGGAAUCAAACCAACAACAAGAAACCCAAAACAAUUGGGCUUCUAUGAAUACUAGUCCCAUUAACAGCUAUAAUCGAAGAUCCACUCUAGACGUAACACACCCGAACAUAAUCCCAUUCUCCUCAACUGAAACCCCACCAAAUCCAGUUGAAUCUGGUAAUGCUCAACCCGGCCCGUUUCACACGGGCCCAUCUGUAGACAGAAUGGAGACCGAAACCCUUCAGUCAAAUGAAGCUAUGGUGGAAGAAUCAUCCACCACCACUCUAUCCAACGCUUUCAGCAACCACAAUGAAUUCAUAGACCCUGAUUCAGUUUCAAUGGCUUCAAUAACUGUAACCGUUGCUCCCUUUGUUAAUGGGCCCCACAGGAUACAAAUACUUCACAGAAAUAUCCCUAUGCAGAUUCAUUGUGAUGCCAUGAGAAUACGGUUUGGAUUAAGCCCACAGUUUGUCGAUCAUGCUGGAAAUCCGCGCCUAAACUUUGUAGUCGAUGCAAGUUCUUCAAGUCUCUGUAACAUACUUGAGGCAUGUGAUGAUGUUGCUAAAAGACUCGUUGAUUUCGAUGGAAACUCGCAGUGGAGACCUGUUGUAACCAGAAAAACUGGUUUUUACAACUCGCCGACCAUUAGAUUACACAUACCCCCUGUAGCAGAAGAUACUACCAGAUGGAAUACUACUGAGAUUUACUACAAGAAUUCAUCAUCAAUUCCAUGCACACAACACCUUGUUUCCAGUGUGGCGGAACUUAAUUCGUUGUUACUUCCAGGUUCCUUGGUGGAUGCUUACUUCUCUUUAGAUCCAUACAAUUACCAACAAAAUGCCGGAAUCCGUUUAGUCGCCAAGAAGUUGACCAUUCAUACUAGCUGAUCAUUAGCUGACAGUUGAAGGAAGUAUUACUUAUAAUUACACUGCAGGAUUUCAAUUAUCAGGGAUAUUAAUGUUGCUUGCACUUUCGUUUUCAAUUCUCUCUGUACUGUUCCCCCUCUAUAAUGAAUUCUAACAGCUAGUGUUUCAAUCUC